AAGAUAAUGCGUGCUAUAGUUAUGGGUAUAAAUAGAUACGGUUGUAGCUCUUAUUUAAAAUUUGAGCAAUUGCCCUGACCUUCGGUUCAUAAAUCACUCACUAUCUAAUCACUGGCCGAUAUUACUAAGCAUAUUAGUACUAAAGUCGACAUUGAGAGGCAAACAUGUUGGUGUUCCUAAGUAUCUUCGCCGUGGUGGCGACCGCGAACGGGGCGAGAAUUUUGGGAAUCGUGCCGACGCCGUCCUACAGCCACCAAAUAGUCUUUCAGCCGCUAUGGCGAGAACUAUCGCUGCGCGGUCACAAGGUCACUACAAUAACGACGCACCCGAUCAACGAUCCCAAGCUCACCAACUUGACCGAGAUCGACCUGAGCAAGUUCCGUGACGACCCGCACGUGGUGAAACUGCUUCAGGAGUCGCGGACGAAUAUCUUUGGGAAAUUUCGCGACACCAUCGCGACCGUCGAUCAGAUGCUCGCCGAACCGGCGGUCAAAAGCUUGAUCAACGACAAGAACGCGAAAUUCGACCUGGUGAUCGCCGAGUACUUCCUGACCGGGGUCCUCGCGUUCGCCGAGAGGUUCGACUGUCCAUCGAUCGGCAUGUUCUCGCUGGAUGCCUGGAACGCGAUGCACCGGAUGGUCGGAAGUCCAACCCACCCCACCUUGUACCCGGACGCCCUGCUCCCGUUCGAAGGACAACUGUCCCUGGCCGAACGCGUCGUCAGCUUCCUCUUUUACCACGUGAACACGUACCUCUUGGACUACCUGCAGGGGUUGCAGCAGGAAGUCGUCGAAAAGCACUUCGGCAUCCGCACCUCCGUGCAGGACUUGUCGCAAAACAUCAGCCUGCUCUUCGUCAACUCGGACCCGAUCUUCCACCACGUCAGGCCGUUGGUCCCGACUGUUAUCCAAGUUGGAGGCGGAUUCCAUAGGAUGCCCCCCAAGCCGUUGCCGAAGGAGCUAAAAAGCACUUUGGACGCCGCCACCGAAGGUUUCAUCUACUUUAAUUUGGGCUCGAAAAACGCGUUCUUAAAGCAAAACGACCUGGAGGUCCUCAUGGGCGCACUCGCCGAGUUACCCUACAAAAUAUUGUGGAAGUUGGACGAUGAACGUAUCGAGGAUAAGUCCACUAAGUUUGUCUUCUCGAAGUGGUUUCCUCAGCAAGACAUUUUGAGGCAUCCCAAUAUUAAGCUCUUCAUAACUCAGGGCGGUCUGCAGUCGAUGGACGAGGCCAUCUACGAACACGUGCCGAUGGUGGGCAUUCCGUUCUAUGGCGACCAACCGUUCAACGUGAAGAAGAUGGUGCGGAAGGGUUUCGGUUUGGAACUCGACUAUCGCACCUUGAACAAGGAGCAAUUCAAGGCCGCCGUACUGGAAGUGAUCAACAACCCCAAGUACAAGAGCACGCUGAAGUACUUGGCUGAGUUGGCCCAGGAUCAACCGAUGACCGGAUUGGAGAAGGCGGUCUGGUGGUCCGAGUACGUGAUACGUCACAAAGGGGCGAAACACCUCAGAAGUCCCCUUUUGGACAUUCCCUGGUAUCAGUAUCUGCUUUUGGACGUAAUUGGUAUUAUUGUGGUCACGGUUGCGGUGGCGCUGUACUUAAUUUACUUCCUCCUUAAAUCUCUUGUGAGGUUGGUAAAGUACAUCUUCCGUUCGAAGCCGAAACGGAAGCAGAAGAAGAAUUGAUAGUUGUGUCUUUGUUGUUAUUUUAAAUAAAGUAGGUCUAUAAAGA